UAAUAAUAAUAAUAAUAUUUACUCGAAUAUCCUUUUUUUCUUUUGCUUUUUUUUCUUUUUUCUUUUUUCUUUUUUCGAUAAAAUUGAUAGAAACAAAAUUUUUUUUAUACGCACGAUACAUAAGUAAAAAUUGUUAAGCUUUAUUAAAGACAAAAUUUUAAUAUUAAACAAAGAUAUUGGACAAGGAUUAAGAAGGAAAAGUAAAAAAAGAAGGGAUUGAUUUUGGGAUAAUAUUAAGGACGAAAAAAUAGUCUUUCUCUAUUCAGGGGACCGGUUUGGUAGAAAGUUUCAAGGAUAUUAUGGCGGAUCUUGUUGGUUAUACGCAUGAGUUCCUAGCUGAAUUCAUUCAGCUUUAUCGUGCACAACCUUGUUUAUGGCAGAUCAGAUGCAAAGGUUACAAGGAUAGACUUUUAAGAGGUCGUGCUUACGAUGUGCUUGUACAAAAGUUGCGUGAGGUAAAUGAAUAUGCUGAUAAGGAUACUGUAAUAAGGAAGAUAAACACAUUGAGAACCGCCUUCAGAAGGGAGUACAAUAAAGUUAAGAGCUCACAAAUUGCAUCGGACGAUCCACAGAAUCAAUAUAAAUCAUCUUUAUGGUAUUACGAUCUUCUGAAAUUCGUAGCCGAGCAAAAUAACGAUGAGAUGACGUCAAUGAUAGCAACAACUGGCGGGAAGUCCGAGCUUUUGUCGAAGGACGAAAAUUAUUUGACGAAUUUUUCGAACGAUGAAACGUUGAUGCAUAACGAUGUUGAAAAAAUAGAACCACCGUCGCCAACACCAUCGAGAUCAAACACACCGAAUAGCUUUCGUCCUGUGAUCCUUGGAACCGAAGGAUCCUAUGGAAUGGAAUAUUCAUCAUCGACAAUCGAUCAUCUUCCUCAAGCCGCAAAAAAAAGGAAACAUUCUGAUUGUAGUCGAGGUCAUUGCACAAGAUCUACUACGCAAUCGGCUUACGAGGCUAGGAGAUUAGUUUCUUGUUCUACGGGUGAUGAUUUGGAAACAUUCGGUCUUUACGUUGCAUCGAAAUUAAAAAAGUCUACCGAACGGCAAUGUAUAAUUGCCGAAAGGAUUAUAGCUGAAGUAUUAUUGCGUGCGAAUUUUGGUACAUUAGACGAGAGUACAACUCUUACCGAAAAAUCACCGUCCCGUUGUUUUCUCGUAAUGGGCGAUCGAUAGAGAUAGAGAUAAAUAUAAAUAUAUAUAUAUAUAUAUAUUGCAUAGAUAUAAAUAUAUAUCCAUUCAUAUACAUACAUAAAUAUCAUAUAUAAUAGAUAUGUAUAUAUGUAUGUAUGCAUACUGUUGAUAAAAGUUAGCAUAUACCAAAUGAUAGUGGACAGACACUAGCCGUCUCUCUCUCUCUGUCUCUUUCUGUUUCUCUACGAGAGAGCAAAAUAGCUUCGCGACGCAGCCAAAUGUGAACUGGCAGAUUUCCAAUAAACGCGACUUUUUCAAGAAAAGUACAAAGGACGUGCACGCCGUCGUGCACUCUUAUUCUUCUUAUCACGAGAAUCUUCACAUUUUCUUUUUCUUUUUUUUCUUUUUUUCUCUUGUGACCCCUAUUAUUCUCCUUGCGUUUUAUAUCGUCUCGAUGAUCUCGAUAAAGACGACAAAAUUCACAGGCCCAUCGGAGAAGUGGGUGCGUGCAAUGCGCGACAGGAAGGGAGGGGUGUGUUAGUGAUUAAAAAAAAAAGUAUGCACCAUUUAAUAGUUGCAACAGGGAAUGUUUCGACGUGUUUGAUGCUAAUAAUACCUUUCUUUUUUUUCUCUUUCUUUCUUUCGUUUUUUCUUUUUGUAAAAUCACGAAUAAAUUGAUCCUAAUCUGUUUGACAUUUCGUGUUGUUACGAAUCUAAUUUCCUCUCCCCCACUCGCCCCCGCCCCCUCGCCCUCCUUGUAAAAAGUAUUUUUAAGAGAAAUGAAUCGAGCGAAAAAAAAAAGGAAAAAGAAAGAAACGAAUCCUUCUUGAGAAUAAUUAUUCAUGAACGACUAUUCGAUUGGUUAUUUUUAUCGUUUUUAUUUUUUCUUUCUUACUUCCUCCCCCUCCCCUCUCUCUCUCUCUCUCCGUUACCUACAUCUCUUACGUAUUCUUUCUAAUUCGCAUUCAUUAAAUGGUUAAGCAAUAUUUAUGAGCAGAAAAAGUUUGGUAAUAAAUUUUCAUGACACGUGUUUCGACAUUGGUAGGUGAUAGGUCUUCUUAGAUUGGUUGGUCGGUCGAUUGGUUGGUUGGUUGGUUGGUCGGUUGGUAGGUUAGUUGAUAAUCUUCUUCCUUAAUUGAGUUAUUACACGAGUGAAUUAAGACGGAACAGUACGCAACAUCCUAAAAUAGGGAUCUUCGAAAUUGUUUGCCACGUUGGCGCUCAAACGCAAACUCUUAAAUUAUUCGAGAAAAUUUAAUAUUCGACGGGAAAUUUUUUUGCUUCCUCUCGGCAAAAAGGAAAGAAACAACAACAAAAAUAAAAAAAAAAAAAAGAGGAACGAAAAAAAGACAUACCAUUGAGGAAUUUUUUCUCGCCAUAAAGAGAAAUAUGUUACUAUACGCAAAUAAUUCUCAUGGGGGAAAAAAAAAGUUCUGGGAUCACUCAACAGUAGAAAUCCUUUCCUCUCUUUCUUCUCUUCAUUUCUUCUCACCAUUGAAAUACCAGAAUCACGUGGUGGCUGUUUGUCAAAACUUAAAACACACUGAAGAGAAAAAUCUAGCGCUGUUGUCAUCGCUCCUGCCUCUAACUCUCCUCUCUCCCUCUCUUUCUCUCUCUCUCUCUCUCUCCAGCAUCACCAUCCCCACCCCUUCUU